AUGCAGAUUAACUCCCAACUUCGUCGAAGUCAAAAAGAGGAAGGAGCCAAAAUCAAACUUCUACUUUUGGGAACUGGUGAAUCGGGCAAAUCAACAUUCAUACGACAAAUGCGAAUUAUCUACGACAAAAGUUACACAGAAGAGGAUAGGCGUGGAUUUAUAAUGGGUAUUAUGGACAAUAUACUAAGUGCCAUGAAAGCAAUGGUCGCGGCUAUGAGUUCCCUCAAUAUCGAUUACGAAUUGCAUACCAAUAAAAGAAAUGCGGAGCUGAUUGCUUCUGCUGAUUCUAAGACAUUCGCAUGCUCUCCGGAAUCGUAUAUAAUGGUUAUAAAGGAACUGUGGCAAGAUGCUGGAGUCCAAGAAUGCUACAGGAAUCGUAACAAAUAUCAGUUAAUAGACUCGGCCAAAUAUUUUCUAGAAAAUAUAGAUCGCAUAGCGGAAUCGUCUUAUUUGCCAACCGACGAUGAUAUAUUGCAUGUGAGAAUAAAAACAACCGGCCUGGUAGAUUACAAUUUUACGGUGGAUAAGGUACGAUUUCAAAUGACGGAUGUUGGGGGACAACGCUCCGAACGUAGAAAAUGGAUACACUGUUUCAACAACGUAAAAGCCAUUAUAUUUUUGACUGCCAUUUCCGAAUACGAUCAAGUGCUGCGGGAAAACGAUCAAAAAAAUCGUCUUGUUGAAUCGAAAAAUGUCUUCAAUACAAUUUGCAGUUCCUCAUGGUUUGCAGAUACCUCAACUGUGGUGUUUUUCAAUAAGGAAGAUUUACUCAUAGAAAAAAUAAUGUACUCUGACCUGGAUAAGUACUUUCCGGAAUAUAAGGGACCCAGGAGGGAUUAUGUAAAGGCAAAGAUUUUCAUAAAAAAUAUGUUCCUUGAAGGUAUUCCACAACAAAAAAUAUAUGCACAUUUCACAUGCGCUACCGACACUAAAAAUAUCAAAGUUGUAUUCAACGCUGUGCGUGAUUCUAUAUUAAGAGAUCGGCUGAUCGUAUUUGGCGUAUAUUAA